AAGUUGUUUACGUUUGGCCCGCCGCCGCCGCCACCGCCUCGCGUGAGGCUCGCAGGCUCGCGCUCGCGUAGUAGCGCAGAGGUAGCGUGCCCUUGUGCCCGCCCCGCCAGCCCCUCCCGACGCUGCCCGUGCCGCUGCGGAGCCCCGCGCCGUGUGUGUGUGCCCCCGUGUGCGUCUGUGAUGAUUGGGUCCUGCGGGAGUUCCAGUGACCCUGAGCCCGAGGAUCCCGCCGCCGCCGUCUUCUCAUUGUUGUUUAUUUGCGACUGAUCCUGGCCGCGGCGGUCGCCGCCGCCGUCGCUCUGCCGCCGCAGCCGCCGCCGCCGUCGCCGCCGCCGCCGCCAGCGCCACGGCUGAGCGAAGGAGAAGAGUCGAGUCGCCUGUCAAGGGACCCGACCCGACCGACGACGGAUGAAGUCGCGGUGAUGGACUGAAAAGAAACGCCGUCGCGUGGAGUGCUCUAGUGCGUGUGUCUCGUCGGAAUAGUGAAAAUUCGGCGUCAAGAUGGACCUACCGCUGGGAGACCAGGUGUACGCCGCGGAGAGGAUUAUGAAAAAGAGGAUCAGACGGGGGAAAGCGGAAUAUCUGGUAAAAUGGAAAGGCUGGAGUCAAAAGCAUAAUACCUGGGAACCCGAGGAAAACAUUCUGGAUGGUCGCUUGAUUGACAGCUUUGAGGAAAGUGAAACCAAAAGAGGAGAUUCCCAUGUUAAUAAAAGAGGACCGAAGAAAAAGGAAACUAAGUCGAAUGAGAGGAGAAGUACAAGAGAUGAUGCUGAUGAUACGGUUGGUGAGGACAGCCAAGAUGAGGAGUCAUCAACCAGCACAAGUACAAGCACUAGUGCCAGUCAGAGUGGUCCAAAGCCCCGUACAACUGCUAAUUCAGCUGCAUCAAUACCUACUAUAUCUAUUCCUAACACUACACCUUCUGUGCCUUCAACUACAUCGUCAUCGUCAUCAACAACCACAACAACAUUAACAUCUGCUAAACCUAAAGAGGAAAAGAAGGAUGAAGAUGACAGUAAGAGAGAACAUUCUGAAUCUAAACAAGCUGUUAGCAGAGUCAAGAUACAGCCAGAUUUAAAAUCUGAUACAAGUAGUUCUGCAGUUUCCUCUCCUAUUGAAACUGUAAGUAAACUGAAAGACUCAGCACCAAAAGAUGAAAAGGAAAAAGAAAAGGAAAGGGACAAGGACAGGGAAAAGGACAAGGACAAAGACAAGGACAAGAACAAGGAUAAGGAAAAAGACAAAGACAAAGAAUCAGAAAAGGAUAAAGAGAAAGAUCAAGGCACCAAACGAAAGGCAGAAGUUCUCUCAAAAGAAUCUGGAAAGAUUGGUGUGACAAUCACAACCAGUAGUCCUACCUCUGCCCCAAGUCCUCCCCCUGUCAAACAGCCAAAGUUGCAAAGGCCACCUACACCUGUCACUGAAAUAUCCAAGACAGCAUCCACUCCAUCUUCAAAGUCUAGUACUCAAAGGCAAUCAUCAACCGAAGGCUCUACCACUUCAGGAGUUGCAACAACUAGACCUACAGUGAGCCCUCAAAUUAGAUUGCCUCCUUCAACGUCGAUUAACAAGAGCCCAGCUCCUCCACAAGUGCCACCACCUACUAACAACAUUCCUGCAAAAGAACCUUGUCCCUCUCCCCGCCCUUCCCCUCACCCUGCUGACUCUGUGCCAGAAAGUAAUGUGAGUCAAAACAAUACAGUCCAGCUCACUUGUACUAUUGCUCCCAACCAGCCAAGAUCAGAAGAAAUUUCCCCACCUCUUCUCAAUGGCAUGAAUAACAACAACAUUAGCAAGAACAACAAUAAUAACAACAAUCUCUCAGAUGAAGAUGAAAAGUCUCAUCCACCUCAUCUUGUUAGUCAGGUUGUGGUGAAUAGCCCAGAAUAUUGGUUGUCUCGUAACCCUGUGGCUGAUCAGGUUUUCAUUACUGAUGUAACAGUGAACCUUUCUACAGUGACAAUCCGUGAAUGCAAGACUGAAAAGGGUUUCUUCAAGGUUAGAGGGGCUGAUCAUGGGAAACAAGGUGGUGUAAUUUGAAAUGUUUGUGCAAUAUUUUUAGGCAGUGUUUUACCAGUGAUUUUUUAAAAACUUUGGGUUGAACUGUUAAACCAAGUUACAGUUAAUCUGGAGGUCCCCUUAUUUUUACCAACAAAACUUUGACUUGUACAUAAACAUGCUUCCCUGUAACUACUAUCUUCAUGGACAUCAUUCCCUUUAUAUAUGUUGUUAUAUAUAUUUAAACUUAUGUUGGUAUCCAAAUGAAGACUUGCUUGAGAGUUUAUUUUCUUUGUAUUUUUUGUGUAUAGCAAUAAUUUUUAUUAAGGGUGCAAUGAAGUUUUAUACUUGUAAGUGCUAAAAUCCAGAUGUCAUUGCAUUACCCUUUUUAGCAAUUUUAUCAAUCCUCACAUGGAGUGUCAUCUCUUUGAAAAGGAACCAAAGCCAACUCUGUAAAUUUUUGUUGUUAUAUUAAUGUGUUAUAUUAGUUGUUUAGAGAUGUGAUGAUCAAAAUUUGUGGAGUAGCUCAUGAGAGAAGCUCAUGUGCAGAAAAUAUUUAUUAGAAUCUCUAGGGUUGAAUUUAGUAACCUUCUAUUUAACUUGCUUUCCUUGGUGGAGUAGAUUAUUUUAUAUCUAUCUUGUUCUUAUUUAUUUAUUAUUUAUAAUCUGUCUGGAACAGAUAUUUGCUGGUGAUGGCAUUCUGUCCCACAGUGUAGGGAAUUUUGUAACACUGUGAUCUGUCCACUUUUCUCUCAGUGUUAUUUUCUGUCACUUCACAGGUUUUGCUAAUAAUGAUAUAUACUAUGACACAUUUGGAUGGUAUUUAAACAUUCCUGUGAAACAGAAUUACAUGUCUGUAGACUAAUAUAGAUAUUUUAAUAAUAGAUGUCAUACUGUCAAUUGGUAGAUUUUUCAAAUUUGGCACUGAGCAUUGACUGACACCUGACAAUGAUUCCUUAAUAACUCAGAUUAUCCUCUUAAUUGAAGACUGGAGACUUGGUUCAAAUUUGAUGAUGUUUAAUAUGACCUGCUAGCAGCUUUUAGAGUAUUUUUUGAACCAUUGUAAGUAUUUUGUUUUGGAAUUCUUAUUACACUUAGUUUUAGUUUUGUUGUGAAAGGCAGCUCUCUCUAUCUGCACUUUAUCAAGUCUAUGUGGACUAAUUCUUAAACAAGUGUCGGGAAUCAGAUUGCUGGAAUAUACAAGUUGGUAUGGAAGGCAAUUUUUGUUCGGACUUAGUCAUGCAAAGAUUUCUCGUGUGGUAAAUUUUUGUGAUCAUAGAAAUUCUUAACCAAUUUUCAACUUUGCAAAAUGGUUUUUGUAGCAUUGAAACAAUUUCUUACAAAUUUCUUACAAAUUUCAUACGUACCAAUGUUAACUAUUUGUGUUACUUGGGUUUGGGAAGGGAAUAUUUUAAUAGCAAUUAUCACUGUAACAGAUAUUUGUAUGAGACAAGCUGUGUUCGAACGUACUGUUGUUACUUUUAGUAUUAUUUUCAUAAGCCAUCAUUAAAGCAAGCACCUUUGUUAUGUUAAUACUGUUAAAAUCUCUGGGUAUGCCAUGCUCAUACCGCUCAGCGCUCAGUCUCUCCUCCUAAGUGUAUGUUUUAAUCUCUACUGGCUGUGUGACAAAGUAGAUUUUGAAAUGUGAAAUACUUGGCUACUGGCAACUGGAAAGUGAAAAUGCUGUCUUCCUUAUAUGCUAAACCUCAGCUAAAAAUUUGAUCAUAUGUGCCCAGUUCUAUUUCUUUUUCUUGUCAAUUUCUAGAGCUUUGAAAAUUUGUUUUGUCUCUUUUGAGCACUUUCCACUUAACAGUAGCCUUAAGUUGCUUGAAUGUGAAACAUUCUUUGCAAAAUCAUUCUUGGUUUCAAAAUGUGCAGUCUCUUUGCAACGAAUCUUUCUAUCUUCCCUGCUUUUAGAAUCUUUCAUCCACAUUUAGACAUAUGGUAUACAAGAUAUUAUGUCAAAAUUAAACUUAUUUUAUAUAGAACCAAAUUCUUGUGUCAACUCUCUUGAGUUUUGAUGCAGAUGUUAAAAGAUUCUUCACAGGGUAAGGUGGAAAGGUGUGUUCUGGUCUCAAAAAGAGAAGCAGUUGCUAAGUGGUUUGCUCAUUUGCCCCAAUUUCCUCCUCCUCCCCUCUCUGUUUGCCCUUUUCCGCUUCUGAAAUUGAACCAAUCAAACCUUAAGGGAGAGACCGAGCGAUAGCCUUCACCUGCCCUCCACUUCAGUUUGUGUUGGUUAAAUAAUAGUUACAUUUGUAAUUGUUUGUUAUGUUCUUUCUUUUUUUUAUGUCUGCAUCUUCCUAUUCUGUCAUCUUCAAUUUCUGUACAUAGAACUAUUGCCUGACCAUGCUAUGAACCUUGGGUUAUUUCUGACCUGGAUAUCAUAAGGUGUCAACUCUUAAGCAUGUCAGGGGUAGAACUUUGCUAAGAUACAGUGGUCAUUAAUUAUAGUUCAAAAUGUUCACUGUCCUGGGUUUGAGCAAUAACAGUUGUGUGAUGUGAUGCCCUUAUUAGAUGCUCUGGGCCGCACUGGCUGUGAGCAUGUCAUCUCUGGUUCUGAACCAGUUUGCUGUUUCGCCAUUUUUUACUUUUUACACCAAUGAACGUGUAGUUUUCUUAUGUAGGAAGGCUCUUUACCUUUCAAUUUUUUCCUAAUCUUAUAAUAUUCCCAACAAAUGCAAGGUUUAGACUGGCAUCGAAUGUCAUUUGUUGGAUACAUUUUAGUGGCUUUUCGAGGCCUCUGAUUGUGGCUGAUUUUCAACUAGAAUGCAUCAAACAAAUGACAAUCAAUGCCAGUCUAAACCCAGCAAAAGCUUUCAGUCGAGGGUGAUCCACUUGUCGGCCAACUUGCUUUUGUUUUUGUUUUGUUUGUAGACUUCCCUGGAGUGUGAGACAGUAUUUGCACAUCAUCAUGCCUACCUGGUUACCUUGUAAAGCAUCAUGUAAAUAGGACACAGUUAAAGAAAGACUAAUUAGACAGGCUGAGUAAUCUUACAAAUGUACAGUUUCUUUCCUGAGAGUUCAAUUGUAUUUAUAUAUUGUGUGUUACAAAUGAGAUGUAAGAAAGGCAGAGAAGAAAUUAAACAACUUUAGAGGCAAUAGCCUUACAGAAAUACAAAA